CUUUCGGGCCGGAGGGACGCGGGCGUGCGGCGCGGGCGGUCACGUGACCGUGCUGGCGAGUCCGGGCGGCGCAGACGGAGCUGAACGCUGACAGAGGAGCGCGCGCGCCAGUCCCGCUGAAGAAGCUCCGUUAUUGCGAGCAGAGAGACAGAAGGAACUAGACACAUUUUACAAACACACACACACACGUUACACACAGGAAGCCUUGGGGGACUCAGAGUGAGAGAGAGAGAAAGAGAGAGAGGGGGUCACUCACCGCCUACUGAGUGUCGCCUAAAAAAAGGAAGUAAAGGAGAAAUCGGCUGAAAUCUCAGCAGAACGCGCGCGCGGCCGGGAGUUGCCUUGUAACUUGUGGAAUUUAUCGAGCGAAACUUAAAAAAAAAAAAAAAACAGAGAGAGAGAGAUCGGUCUACCUCCGUGCACUUUUAAUUUUGGUAUGAUUUCAUUAGGUUUUUUGCCAUCAGUAGCAGAAUAACGGACGGUGUGUGAGUGAGAGAACUGCGGCAGUGACGGGAAACAGCGGCGCGCGCGAGAGAGAGACACAGAGAGAGAGAGAGAGAGAGAGAGAGAGAGUCUCCCGAAGUGCGUGCAACACACACUCGCUCUCCUUCAGCGCGUCUUUUCUCCUCUGUUUAAUAUUUCUACGCUGUUUGCUUUUUGCCGUGUAUCCUGGGGCCUCAGCUGUGAUUUCUUGGAAUAUGGUGGGGGAAAUGGAAACGAAGGAGAAGCCGAAGCCGAGCCCAGACUAUCUGAUGCAGCUGAUGAACGACAAGAAGCUGAUGAGCAGCCUGCCCAACUUCUGCGGCAUCUUCAACCACCUCGAGCGCCUUCUCGACGAAGAGAUCAGCAGAGUACGGAAGGACAUGUACAAUGAUACGUUAAAUGGGAGCACAGAGAAGAGGAGCUCAGAGCUCCCGGAUGCUGUGGGUCCUAUUGUGCAACUCCAGGAGAAGCUCUACGUGCCUGUUAAAGAAUAUCCUGAUUUUAACUUUGUGGGCCGGAUCCUUGGCCCGCGGGGGCUUACAGCCAAGCAACUAGAGGCUGAGACAGGAUGCAAGAUCAUGGUGAGAGGCAAAGGCUCCAUGAGAGACAAGAAAAAGGAGGAGCAGAACCGCGGCAAGCCCAACUGGGAGCACCUGAAUGAAGACCUGCACGUCUUGAUUACGGUGGAAGACGCUCAGAACCGUGCCGAGAUCAAGCUCAAACGAGCCGUGGAGGAAGUCAACAAGUUGCUGGUGCCUGCGGCCGAAGGAGAGGACAGUCUGAAGAAGAUGCAGUUGAUGGAACUGGCCAUUCUAAACGGCACCUACAGGGAUGCCAACAUUAAAUCACCGAGUGCCCAGGCCCCGCGCAUCAUCAGCGGCCCAGCACCCGUGCUGCCCCCAGCCGCCCUGCGCACCCCCGCUCCUGCUGGCCCCACCAUCAUGCCCCUAAUUCGGCAGAUCCAGACUGUCGUGCCCAACGGUUCAGCCCACGCCCAUGCUGCUGCCGCCACCCUGGUGCCUCCCGGGCCGGAGUCAGCCGGCCUGAUUUACGCCGCACCCUACGAAUACCCAUACACACUGGCACCAGCCACCUCAAUCCUCGAGUACCCCAUCGACUCCAGUGGCGUGUUAGGUAAGCACAGCUGUGAGUGCCCUGGCAUGCCACCUCACCAACACCACCACCCAUUUGGGCAGUGGAGCGCAGCACCUACCUUAUUUCUGCGUCACUCUUCUUAAACCCUGACCACCUCACACCCCACACCUCCUUCCCAAAUGCUGCCUGUCGAUAUAGAUGAGCUUUCUUUAUUUCCUGCCACCCUCAUCCACCUGUUUCCCAUCACCUUAGGGAGAUUAAAAAGGCAAAAAAAUAAAUAACACUCCCAAACCCUUUUCAACUUAAUCCAUUUAGUUUCAUAAAAGUCAUUUUUCACUGCAAAAAUAAAAAAUAAAAAACAUACAUUAAAGAUAUGUGGCAUAAAUGAUUGGGCUGCUAAGUGCUCUGUUGGCUUUAUAUAAAUGAUAAGAGAGGGAUCUUUCUUGCUUUCUGCCCUCACUCCUUCUCCCUCCCUCAUUUUCACACUCUCUCUCUCUCUCUCUCUCUCUCUCUCUCUCUAUCUCUCUUUCUCAUUCUCAAAGGCCCUGUCCUUCCCUCUCCACACAAGCUCUAUGGCUUCAUUAAGGCACUUGAGAAAAGCCGAUUAUGAGUAUCAUGUUACAAACAGCAUUCUGCCAGUCUAACACAGGCUGCUCCCAGAGGCAGAGUGUUAAGUUAAGAAAUGACAAAAAGUGCAUCCAUGAGGCAAGAUCAGCAUGUCCAAUGAGAUGAGCCAGAGCGGGCUUUAGUCUCUGUCUAAUAAAGCAGCCUUUAUUCCGCCAAGCUGACUGCUCCAAGUGUUCUGCAAGUGUUCUGUUACUCCCAGUACAGUAGCACUGUAUUAGAAACCUGAUGUUAGUAGUUUUGCUGUUUGGUUUUGAUAAAAAAAAUAAAAAAAAGGACAGAUCAGUGUGACAGCAAAGGAGGUGAGGGGUGUUGUGGAGGGAGGAGAGUGGAGGAUUUCAUCCAUGUCUUCUCUCUUGUGUACACCUAUACAGCAUCCUCAAAGGCCGAAGAGCUGCCGCUGUACCUGGGCUUUCAGACCUGUCACUUUCCCAUCACUGUGCAGCGUGCAGAGCCAGCCGGCCGGCCUCCUUUUUAAAGCAGACCCACUUCCCUCAUCCCCUUUCCUGACCCUCACUCACCCUACACGCACAUCCUUCGACACCCUCCCACCCCUCCACCCCCCUCCUUCAAACAUUCAUCUUAUUGGACUGACUGGAAAGCACCCCCCCUCUUCCAGGAGCCUGUGCUCCCCAGCCUGUUUAUCUCUUCUGUAACCUGAAGCCUGUUUUGUUUUUGGUUUAAUUUAAUGUCAUGUUUAAAAACUUUGUGUACCAUAAUGAGGGAGAAAAAGCACUGAGCCCCAAACUGCUGCAACCCCCCCCUCUGGAUGCGCCCUCCUAUGGAGCGGAGGGUGCAUCAGGAGAGGUAACAUGAAGACGGUGAGGGGACAGUGGGGGUCAGACAGGGACUGCUUUGGGAGGCAUGGGAUGGUUCUAAAAGUCAGACCACAGCCGUUUGAUGGUGCUCUGUGGCAUUGAGGUCCACGGUUGUUUACAGUAUACUAUGAACCAAUAUGAAUAAUAAUAAAAAUAAAAAAAACAUAAAAACAUAGCCGUAUGCAUGCAGAGACCAAGUGCAGCAUCUCAGCCCUGCAAUGGCUUUGAUAACGCAUGGAAUUGUAGUGUGUGUUGCUUCUUGAGGACAGACACUCCUGGCACUAAUUUCACAUUCCCUUCCUUUAUUCUUUAGGUGUGGCUUUCCCCACGAAAGGCUAAAAGUGCUUUCGAGGAUCCUUACUGAGCCCCUCAUCCGAUCUGAGUGUUAACACUCAUGCGCUUUCUUUCACAGCGGCCUUGUUAUUUCUUGAGUGUUAAUGAAUUAUGAAAUGAAGCCUAGCAGUCAGUCGGACACGCUACUGUUCUGUUUACACUGGCCACCCCUCUGCCUCAGCAUAUGCUUAGAAAUGUUGAAACUGUGCCCCAUGCCCCUCUAGCAGUAAAGGAAUGUGUGUGUAUGUAUGUAUGUGUGUGUGAAAAAUAAGUGUUCUACUGACUGCUAUGUUUUAUGGUUUAGGAGAUUUAAAAAUCAAAGAGCUUGCUUUACUAAUCACUUAAAUCAUUGCUGUUGUAUUUUCUAUCCUUUUUUUUUUUUACUACUGCACACGUGCCUACGCACUAUCAUCUCUGUGCCUUUGCUCAGAGAGUGAGUUUAUCAGUAUUAUAUUUAAAUGUGGAACUGGAGAGGUGCACUUUCCUCUUGCUUCAAUGCAGGAUUAUGUGACUAGUAAAGCUCCCUUUGCUCUCUCUCUCUCUCUAUGUGUGUGUGUGUGCGUGUGUAGGGUGUAGUGUGUAGUGUGUACUCGUCACUAAUGUCCCUCAUACUGUCCAAGCAUGGAUCUACCACUUGGAAAGAAUGCAACUUUCCCUCCCUCUUUUUCAAUAUGCUACUUUCAAAAAUGAACAAGUAUUAUUUGUGCCUUAACUUGUAUUUUUAUGAUUUGCAAUAAGAAUUGUUAUAUACGUAUUUGGCCAAACAGAUAAAUGACAUCUGUUGAGUUUGAUUGAUUUAUUUGAUGGGAUUUUUUUUUUUUUUAAUCUAAUCUGUGUAUUUGGUGAUAUUAUUGCAAUCCAAGCAGGUGCAGUGGCAACUAAAGUUCGAAGGCACGAAAUGCGGGUCCAUCCUUACCAAAGGGUAGUGACCACAGACAGAGGUUAGUUUAGCUUAUGUGCUUUUGUGCUCGUGACUUGUAGUCACCUUGUUUUGGUUCUCAUCUGUUUUUCAUCCAGCUUCACUACAGGUGGAAACGGUUGUUUAAAAGUUAGAGCCUUAAACAUUUUGAAGGCCAAUAGUCAAAACCCAUACAGUACAAACACAUGCAGUAGAAACACGUACAGUAGAAACACAACAUCGAGCAAGAGAGAAAUUAUGCGAUCAAAUUCCUUCCAUUAUUUUGAUGACCUUGUGACCAUGACAUGACGUUGAUGACAAAUAAUGGAUUAGUCUGGUUCUGAAAUUUCUUUAGGCGCCAUUCAAAAUCCCAUAACAUCUUCAAGAUUUAUUAUUUAUGUUUAUAUAUAUUGCAUGGCCUAAUCCAAUAUUAUUGAAACGUACAUAAUAAACAACACAGACUUUUUUCUACAUUUUCAAAUUUGGAAGUCCUUCUGUAAAGACUUUAUCCUGGUCACAGAAGAGCACUGAGUGCUAGGUGAAAAUCUACCCCUGGAUGGCAUGCCGGUCACCCUGCACACACUUCACACAUUUAUAUGCACACAUUCCCGCCUGGGGUAAUUGAGUGUAACCCCUGGCAUGUUUUUAGGAGGCAGGACGAAACCAGAGAAACGAGAGGAAACGUACUGAAACACAGGAAAAACGUGAAAACUCAGUCGCUAGAGCUCAGAAACAAAAUAAAUAAAUGAAUUAAAAGAUCAUGGAUCAGUUCCACUUAUUAUGCAUAUUGAUGCAAUAAAGCAAAGAUUAAUCAUAUGAACAAAUGAUUAGUUGUAACAACUAUGAGAAAUAGGUAUUAUUUGUUUAAUAAAAAUACAUUGAAUAGGUCAAAACCUUAAAUUCAGUCCAGCAGAGAAACAGCCCCUUAAAAUAUCUAUUGUAUUAUCAACAUCUGGGUAUACCUGUAGUUUUGCUUUAUGCACUUGUGAUUUGGUUUAGAUUCGGGGUCAUGUGGUACUUCUGUUUGACUGAACGAGAGGGGAGAUGUGGUUAUAACGUGCCAUUUUAAGCUUGAUGCCCUUUACCAGCUGCAACUACAGAUGGCAAGCGGGAAUACAACUGUCUUUAUAUUUUUUGACUCCUUGUUUCAUUAUUAUAAGUUUUUCAUUUAUUUCUUUCAUAUAUAUUUUUUUUUGUUUUGUACUGCAAAUGUUUUUUUUUAUAUUAUGGUACUACUGCUUUCCAGAAAAUAUACUUUUGAGAACCCAUUUGCACAGAACUUCUUCCGAUAUACCGAUCUGUGCAUUUGUACUGGAUUGCCAGUCUUCAGAGGUCUCUUUUUUUUCCUUAAUUUAAGUUUUGUUACUUUUUUUAUUUCAAACUGUUGGUAUUUGCCUCAUUUGAUACAGAGAUGCUAUGUGGCACAGCUAUUAUUUUGCACUGAACAAGUCAGAAGCAUUCAUCUCUUCUGUUCUUCAAAGAACAGACAUGUUGGGAAAAAAAAGUGAAAACUACGUCAAACCUCAGAUGACAGAACUGAAAAGAGUGUUGAAUACAUGUGUGAUCGAAGCUGCAUAGUCUUAAGGUUGACCACUGUUGUGUGGACAGAAAUGUCAGAGUAUAGAUGCAUUUAUGGAAAAAAAAAACUAUUCCACUUGAUACUUUUUUAUGUUUUAUUGUAAGCAUCAUUUUAUUUUUUUGUUGUUGUUGAAAAGAAAAUAGUAUUUACUUGUUGCUUCUUAAAAAUAUAUAUAUAAAUAUAAAUCUAUAUAUAAAUAUAAAGCAGGAAUGUAUAUGAAGUGUCAAUAUACUUGCAAUUUGCAAAGAAAUAGCAGUGAUAUUAUAGAGGGCUAUUUGUAGGAAAGGCGAAUAUGCAUAAUAGUUGCUUUAUAGUAUCAUCUUAGAGAAUUUCCUAUAUUUUUGGAUAUAUGUUAGGGCUUUAUAUGAACGACAGGACUUUUCCAGUGUUUAUAUGCAAAAGCAUUUUAUAUUAUGUGUCCUGUGAAUUGUCAAUAGUCUGCAAAGCUGAGGGUGAUGGCUAAAAUUCCCACAGCUCAUGUUUCCAUGGCUAUUAUGUUAUCUAGAAAAUUCCAUGUAGUGUUGCUUUGUAUCAUUAAAGGCCAAGAUUUUUAUGUUGUUGUAAAUAGAAGAACAAAAAAAAAAAAUGAAUUUGAAAAGGCAAUAAAAAUUUUAUUGAGUACAACAACAACCAACAACUGUUUCGGCCCUAAAUUAUUUCAGUGUUCGAUGACUUGUUUCCUUGCCAUUAUAAUUCAUUUCCAUCAUAACUAUCAGCUUAUCGCUUAAACCUCUGAAGAGCUCUUAUGCUUACUAGCAGUCGGGUAACAAGACGCUGCAUCGGCUGCUCUCUGGUCUGUCCUCUCUUUUCGUUAGGACCUGUAUCCUGUACCCUUCACUUGACUGCUACUAACCAUUAGACAUGUCUACCACAGUUGGGUUCUUUUUUUUUUUUUAUUUGUCAGGAAUUUUCGCCUUUUCAUUUCCUCCUUCUUAACAUGUAACCUACUGGUUCACACUGGCUGCCAUCCUGUCAGUAAAAUCAGCUUCGAUUUUACUGCACUGUGUAAAUGAAUACAAAAGUUCUUCCAGUGCUCCUAUAUUCACUCAAACCACAGUUGGAGUUAUCCUAAAUUGUGAAAUUCAUGCCUAACACAUUACUGAACCGUUGUUGUGUAAGGCAUGAACACAGUAAAGCUUAGGUUUGACUUGAUCUACUCUGGAGCCUAAUUGUAAUGCAUUUAUCAUAAUGUCAUCCUGCCUUCACUAGCUGAAACUAAUCUCCUCUCUAUCUUUUUUCUUUUCCUCCCUCUUUUGUUGCCCUUCUUUUCCUUUGUUUUCUUUUUUCCUUGUUUCCUUUUCUCUA